CAUAAUUCCUAGUUCCUGUGAUGUGUGGAGCUGGAAUCAUCUUAUCCCUGAGUUAAGGGACAGAAGAGGAGCUAUUUUUUCAAGGAGUCACUUAUGUGGAUUUGAGACAAACCCAUGUGAAAGUUUUGUUUUCAGUUGUCUCUGCUUAGCAGACGGGAACCCAGCCCUGCUGUUUUGUGUUUUCCUGCUGGUUGCCUCUGUAAGCCCUGGAGGUGAAGAGGCUCACAGGCUGGCAGGCUGCAGCUAUGGACUUUGAGAGGUUCCCUCCUUUCUCAUCAGUGACCCCUCCUUUUAAAUCACCAUGUCGGACGACUUUGCUGCCUCCAUCCUCUACAUUGUCCUGGAGCUGUUGAUUGCAGUGUUCUCCGUGCUGGGAAAUGUGUUGGUCUGCUGGGCCGUUUGCCUUAACAGUAACCUGCAGAGCAUCACCAACUUCUUCGUGGUGUCGCUGGCCGUGGCUGACAUCGCAGUGGGAGUCCUGGCUAUCCCUUUCGCCAUCGCUAUCAGCACCGGAUUCUGCUCCAACUUCUAUGGCUGCCUGUUCAUAGCGUGCUUUGUGCUGGUUCUCACACAGAACUCCAUCUUCAGCCUGCUCGCAAUCGCCAUAGAUCGCUACUUUGCAAUUAAAUUGCCACUCAGGUACAACAGUUUGGUGACAAGCCAGCGGGCUCAAGGCAUCAUAGCCAUUUGCUGGGCUCUCUCAAUCAUCAUUGGUCUGACCCCAAUGAUGGGCUGGCAUGAAGUGUCCAACAGCACCAAGAGCACUAACAGCAGCUGCCAGCCCGGCCUGAUGGAGUGUUUGUUUAUGGAUGUGGUGACGAUGGAGUACAUGGUUUACUUCAACUUCUUUGCCUUUGUUCUAAUCCCACUCUUGUUGAUGCUUGCCAUCUACCUGUGCAUCUUUAUGGCAGCUCGCCACCAACUGAAGUUGAUAAAAGUGAAAGCAUUUCAUGGAGAAAAGUCACGCUCCACACUGCAGAAGGAGGUUCAGGCUGCUAAGUCUUUGGCCAUCAUUGUUGGGCUGUUUGCAGUCUGCUGGCUACCUCUGCACAUCAUUAACUGCUUCACCCUGUUCUGCCCUGAGUGCCGCCCUCCUCCUGCUUGGAUUAUGUACUUUGCCAUCAUCCUCUCUCAUGCCAACUCAGUGAUCAACCCCUUCAUUUACGCCUACCGUAUCCGGGAGUUCAGAAAGACUUUCCGUCGGAUUAUCUGGCGCCACAUCCUGGGCCGACAUCAGGUGUUAGAGAGUAGCGGCAGUGAUCGAAACUCUACACACAACACUUACAUGGACUCAAUCAGACUCAAAGCAAACAAGUUCAAAUUUAGCCUCUUCACAGUGCCCAUCAGAAGCAGCAGCUGUAAAAAUUCCAGUAAGCAUCCUGCUCAUAUCUCUCCUGUAGGGGGCGGCCUGGUAGCAAUCUCUCAACCUCCCCUGUCAGUCGUCAUCUCAAAUUGUCCUCAUGUAGGGACAUGUGCACUGAAAGCCCUCAGGCAGACUGAAAUCCCACUGGCCCAUCGUCUAUGUUUUGAAGAACAAGAGCAGGACUGCAUAGGAGCAGAAGUCCUGGAGGAAAAAGGAAAACAGAACCUCGUCUCGACCCAGGUCUCACCACUGUUCACUAACCAGAAAAGGAAGAAUUGCUUUUGUGAGCAGCAAAGAGUGUCCUGACAAAUACAGGAAGGAUAGAGAACUAAUUCAGGAGCAAAGCGAUCAAAUAUCCUCUGGGGAUUGGAGAGGAGAUGAGAGCAUGGAUAACAGAUAAUAGGCAAUAAAUGCCACUGAGAUAAAUUAAAUACACAGACUUUUUAUGUAAGCCGGAGGGACGAUCUAUAAAGGACUGCUUGUGGUCUGGAUCGCUCAAAGUGCCACUUCCCCUAGAAUGAAGAGGACAAUGAUUUAGAUAGAUGAAGCAGCUGACUCAUCUAUUGUUAACCUAAAGGUCCUUUGUUUGUCACAAACUGUUUAUUUUAGCUGACCAGACCACCAAAAA